AUGCGCCUCGGACAUCUGGGCAAGAUCGGAAUAGGCUGGGGCAUCAUCAGUGUGCUGGGCAUUGGAGCGUUCGUCGCAUCGAAACAAUCAGUUGAUAAGAACCGAUAUGAGAAUAUGAAAAUUCGGGAACGUAUGCGUCAAUCGAACGUUGGACAAUACGAAGUAAAGGAAUCACGCCGAUUCGACGUUUAG